ACCACCUUAUCUCCCCUGACGCGUGGAGCUUUUGGAGUGUAUUCAGUAGGUCCGUGCCGGCAUUAAACAUGGGUUCGGGUCCAGUUUCCGUCGACUUCGAGCAAUACCCAAAACUCAAUUAUUCUGGCGUGUUGGACUGGCUCGUGUCCGUGAACUGCCCCUUCGAUGUGUGGAGGAAGCAGCCGACUUACUUGCUCUCGGAAUGCAUUUUCCUCCUCGCUGCCCUCCUCAACUUGGCACACGCCAUCAGGGUGGGAGGACGAUGGAAGUACUUGUGGCUGGGGACGGUCAUUCACGGGUUGACGAUCGAGAACGUCGCCUUCUGGUUCCCGGAAUACAUCGAUAAUUAUUGGCACUCUCAGACGACGAUCGUUCUCUUGGGGCGACGACUACCCCUUCACAUCAUCUGCCUCUCAAAUAAUGUUCGAAUCUUUGGAAUCUCUCUUCCCUACUCCCUGCUGAUAGAUCCCGCUUUCACAUACACGGCUUCGGUGAGCGUGGCAAGGCUUCGACUCCCCCGCUGGGCCGAACCCUUCGCAGUGGGAUUGACGGAGGUAUUGAUCGACAUACCGUACGACAUAAUGGCGGUGCGCUUCGUGCAUUGGACGUGGCACGACACGGACCCGAACAUUUUCGACCGACACUACUGGGUCCCGUGGAAUUCCUACUACUUCCACGCCACCUUCGCCGCUUCCUUCACCUUCUUCUUCCACUUCUACCGGCGGGUCUUCAUCGGCAACGGGGACAAGUGGGCCUCCUCCAACUGGUGCGUCUGA